AUGGAGGUGGCAAAGGAUUGUUUUCAGGGCACGCUGUGGAUGCUCAAGGCUCUUAUCAUUGGCCCCUCUCCUCGGGUUUUGUGUUCAGCAUCCAAGAUGGUUGAACCCGUGAAUGCAGAACCUGAAGAAAGAAAAACAACUGUGUCCGGUGUCCGGAAAUUCUCAGGCUGUAGCAGGUGCACGGACAAGCGUUUUCUGAGCCCAGAACCCAGUGCGUUGGCGGGACAUGAUCUGGCUGCGGAAAGCGUCAGGAAGAGCUUUAAACACCCCCACGUGCGAGACCGCCUGGCACGAGAAUGCCACAGCCUGGGAGGAGAGGCUGCAACCGAAGAGAAGCGGGACGGGGGUCGGGCGCAGGUUAGCUGCGAGCCAGUGGUGAAGCCUGCGCGAGCCGUCCUCGGAAGUGAACUGCUCCCCCCAAACCGUGCAGGGGUCCAGGGUGCGGAGGCAAACAGCUGUGAGAUGCAGCUGACUGUCCCACCUGGGGUGCAACACAGCACCCCUGGUACUCCUGACACUCCCUGGCACGCCGCACCCUUCGCUGGGCUUCACCCGCAGGCCCCAGGGACGGACACCCCGAGGCCCAGGGCGGCCAGCUUCUCUCGGCCGACUCCCAGCUCCACCGCGCAGCCCCUCUGCGGCGGCCAUUCCGAGCGCGCCGCAACCCAGGCUGGCGGCUCCGCUUCCAGAUGCAGUAAGGGAAACCCACCCCUGUGCGAACACGGCGAGACGCUCCUUCCGGCCGCCGCCGGGCGCUCGGACGGGCUGCGAGCGCGGCCCCCCCCUCGGGGUCGCCGCCCUGGAAAACAGGCAUACCGAAAGUUAGCCAAGGAAUAUCACCCUGAUAAGAAUCCAAAUGCUGGAGACAAAUUUAAGGAAAUAAGCUUUGCAUAUGAAGUACUAUCAAAUCCUGAGAAGCGAGAGUUGUAUGACAGAUAUGGAGAACAAGGUCUUCGGGAAGGCAGUGGUGGAGGUGGUGGCAUGGAUGAUAUUUUUUCUCACAUUUUUGGUGGGGGAUUGUUUGGCUUUAUGGGCAAUCAGAGUAGAAGUCGAAAUGGCAGAAGAAGAGGAGAAGACAUGAUGCAUCCACUCAAAGUAUCUUUAGAAGAUCUGUAUAAUGGCAAGACAACCAAACUACAACUUAGCAAGAAUGUACUCUGUAGUGCCUGCAGUGGCCAAGGUGGAAAGUCUGGGGCUGUUCAGAAGUGCAGUGCUUGCCGGGGUCGGGGUGUGCGCAUCAUGAUCAGACAGCUGGCCCCAGGGAUGGUGCAGCAGAUGCAGUCUGUGUGUUCUGACUGCAACGGAGAAGGUGAGGUAAUUAAUGAAAAAGAUCGCUGUAAAAAAUGUGAAGGAAAGAAGGUGAUUAAAGAAGUCAAGAUUCUGGAAGUCCAUGUAGACAAAGGCAUGAAACAUGGACAGAGAAUUACUUUCACUGGGGAGGCAGACCAGGCCCCGGGAGUGGAACCAGGAGACAUUGUUCUUUUGCUACAAGAGAAAGAACAUGAGGUGUUCCAGAGAGAUGGGAAUGAUUUGCACAUGACAUAUAAGAUAGGACUUGUUGAGGCCCUAUGUGGAUUUCAGUUCACAUUUAAACAUCUUGAUGGACGUCAGAUUGUGGUGAAAUACCCCCCUGGCAAAGUCAUUGAACCAGGAUGUGUUCGAGUAGUUCGAGCUGAAGGAAUGCCACAGUAUCGUAAUCCCUUUGAAAAAGGUGAUCUUUACAUAAAAUUUGAUGUGCAGUUUCCUGAAAACAACUGGAUCAACCCAGACAAACUUUCUGAACUAGAAGAUCUUCUACCAUCUAGACCAGAAGUUCCUAACAUAAUUGGAGAAACGGAGGAGGUAGAGCUUCAGGAAUUUGAUAGCACUCGGGGAUCAGGAGGUGGGCAGAGACGGGAAGCGUAUAAUGAUAGCUCUGAUGAAGAAAGCAGCAGCCAUCACGGACCAGGAGUGCAAUGUGCCCAUCAGUAAACUCUGCAGACAAAUUGCACAGGUGGAUUUUCCUUCCACAUUUGCCUGAUUUGUUUUCAGCAGUCCAGCUGGAGUAUCCGGUCAAUUCAGAUGAACUGAUGGACAUGUUGGUCUAUGUGUAACUUCUAAAAUUGGUAUAGUAUCUACAGAGUGUAUAAUUUAAACUAACCACAAAGCUUUACAUCCUCAUUUCGACUGUUCUGUAGCAGAAUAAAGCACUUGAAAGGAAACAAGACUCCCUUUCACACAUGGGUUAUAAGUUUCAGUCCUGAUAUCUGUGCUUGAUUUUUAUCAGUUUUGUGUAGAUUUUAUGUUUCAUAUUUUAAAUUCAAAUCCCACAUUGUAAAGUUUGUGUACAAUUUGUCCUGAAGCUUUGUGUUUGGCUGCACCUGCAUAAGCUGCUACAAAUAGAAUAAAGAAUUUCAUAGCCUGUAUCUAUCAUUUAGAUGCAUGGGAAUGGGCUUUGCACAUAGUAGGUUUGGAGCUGACUGGGAACCGGUGGGAAGACUCACAGUAGCUGUGGUUAUAAAGUUCUGGGCUUUUUUCCCACUCUUUUCUUUUUCUUUUUGCUCUCUUUUUUUCUUUUUAACCAUCUUGUGAAAGGUUUAUGAAACUCAGUAAUAAAAAGCAGUUGGUGUAAUUAUUCUUGGUGUCACAUUUUUAGAACAUAUUUUGAACUGGAGAAUGUAUCAUUAAUUCUGGUUCUUUUAAAAAGCCCUUAAAAGCCCAUUGGCCUGAAGAUUAUACCUCAGGCUCACCCAUUCUGUAAUUUUGAAGGCAAAAGAAAGUUUGACAUGUUGGUAGAAACAGGCUUUAUUGACUUUAAUUGAUGCUUUUUUGUAGUCAAGGACAUCUGAGUUAUGUAACUCAUAAGUUAUGCUUCUCAGCAUUGGGGUUGGUUUAACCUAGCCUCUCUGUCUCCCCACCACCACCCCAUACCCUUUUUAAAAAUAAGGCAACAGCAAAUCAAUAUUAGAACCAUGUCUGCAUAGAACCUGUUAAAAUGCUCUGUUUUCAUUAAAUGUUAAGUUAAAGA